UGUUAGGUAAGGCGCUUGUGGUGCUGGUGGUGAUGCGGUCAAGUUUCCCUUGCCUUCUCCCUCCAAAUUUCGUCCUUCCUAGCGUUCAAUAUCUAACAGCCCGCUCCCUCCCAUAACGUAUAACGCUCCCGAUUCUUGGGAGUAACUGUUUCCCAACUCCUUACUGCGCUCAGUUCAAACUUUCCAUUCUAAUUGGUUCAACUGGCCAAAUAGCUCCUCCAACACAGACACACUUUGCAAUGGGUCUUAUCUAUAGACGGUUCUUGGACGGGCACUCUCGCGUCUAUUGCUGCAGCGAGUGCAAAACACAUCUUUCCCACAGCGAAGCCCUCAUGUCAAAGGCCUUCCAAGGGCAUCACGGGCGUGCUUGGUUGUUCCAUGAUGUAGUGAAUAUCAUUCAGGGACAACCGCAGGACCGGCCAAUGACCACGGGGCAGCAUACCGUAUGCGAUAUCUUUUGUAUCAACUGUCAGGCUGUGCUUGGGUGGAAAUAUGUAUGUACUGGAUUUUUUGCACCCGGUCCAUUUGCCAUCCAUCCAUGGUCUCUAACUUGACUCUCAUGAUUUAAAGGAGAAGGCAUUCGAGGAAGACCAAAAGUACAAAGAGGGCAAGUUUAUUCUCGAACGAAGUCUCCUUUGCGAAGUGUCUGCGUAGCUGCUGGCAUGCAAGCGUCUUGGCCGUAAAGUCGGUCCACAUUCGUUGGAUGUGACGUGUAUUUCUACUUGAAUGGUUGCUUUCGAUGUGCUGCAUUAUUGAUGGAUUGGGGGUUGAAGUUGGGAAGCUCUUGGAAUUUGUAUAUAUUAUAUCACUACCAUAUGAAAACGAACGAAUGUCGACACAUGAUCUGUGAAAUGUCACCUUUUAUUUCCCCCGCUAUCCCUCCCCGUCAGGGCUGCAUGACCAAAACUGAAUCUCUCAACUCUGGCUUCUUUCCAAACUCCUCAACGAGCCCCUUCUUUCUCGUGGCCUCGCGCGGACAUCCCUUGAUCCCACACAUGUCCGCAAAAUCACAUCCAAC